UUCAAAGCCAAUGGUGGUGAGAGAAAAAAUCAGUUUACACCAAUUGGAGGAGCAGCUACGACUCGUGCUAUCGCGGCGCUAAGGCGCUUUGGCUUACAAGAUUGAAUCGCCCAGAAUUCAAUUUAUCUGGUUGAAAUAGCUACGAGGCACGAUGCAUUCGAUAGGCGAAAAGAGCCGCAAAUCUUUAAUGGUGCCUGGUCUCCCUCCCUCUCUCUCUCUGUGUCUCUCUCUUUUUUUUCUUUUGUCAGGGCAUCACAUCUCAUAUAGUUUUGCCGAGCCACAACCUUUCCGGCAAUCCGUUCGUCAGGUUCAGGUAGCUUCGACCAAAAAAAAGCCUAAUGUUGCGACGCCACAUAUAUCUUGGGUGCCUCUUGAUUGUAUAGACACGUGCUUUUUUUUUUCUCUCUCUCUCUCUUCUCCUCUCUUCACAUGCUGCUUCAGUGAACAAAACAUUAAAUUGGCUCUGAUUGGCCCGACAAGUUUCUCUUGGCUUGCUGCAGAAUGAGCAAACAGCCUUUCAGCGGCUUCACUGCGGAGGGCGGAAAGAGGAGCCGCGAAACGGUCGGUAGUUGAUAGCUUUGCAUAGCCUGAGAGGAGGGAGGGGAGAAAUACG